AUGUCGUGGCCAUCACUAAUUACUUCUCAACAUAAGAUAAAUAAACUUGACACAUCAUCGACUUCAAUUCAAACAUCAACUAAAAUUCAUACAAACGAAGAAGAAAACAAUGAAAAUGAACGAACCAUAACAAAAAAUGAUUCAUUAUUAUCAAUUUUGAAUCGUAUUAUUAUCUAUUGGUGUCAAGUUUUCUUAAACAAAAUUCGUUUUGCAUUAACUAUGGUAUUUGUUAGUCUACAUAAUAUAGCAACACGAUUAACGUGUUUUAUACGACAAAUAACAUUAGUUCGAUCAGCAUCUUCAUUAUCAUCUAUAGUAACCUCAUCAUCAAAUCAAAUAGUUAAAGAAGAUAAAAAUCAUUCUUCUACAUCUUUAAAUAAUUUUGAUUCUCAAUUUGAUUUGCCAUCAUUAGAGAAUUCAACGAUGGCACAUAUACUUGUUCAACAACAAACACAUCAAAAAACACCAACACAAAAUGAAACUCUAGCAUCAAUCGGUCAUACAGCUAACGAAGGAUUAUUUUUCUCUAAACAAGAUUCAACAAAUUUAUUACAUUUUCUUCAAAAAUUUGCAUCUGAACCACAAAUAUCUAAGUAUCAUUCAUCAUCACAGAAAUUUUUAGAUACUAAUUCAAUAAAUUUCCCUCUAACGAAUACAUUUUUAUCAUCAAAUGAAACUAAAAGAGAAGAAGAAGACGAAUUAGAUAAUUUCAAUGGUGAUCAAAUUGAACCAAUAAUUAUAGAAGAUAAAAUUCAUAAUACAUUAGACAGUAUUGUAGCAUCAACAAUGAUUGAUGAUUUAAAUGAAGAUAAUCUAUUAAAUACAAAUUCAUUAUUAAAUAUUGAACGUCAUUUUCGCAGGCGAAAACGACGUACAUCAUUAACACGACAAUCUUCAUCGAAUGAUGAAACUGACCUUACUACUUUACAAACAGAUUCAAUUGAACAAACUGAGAAUAAUAAUAAUCAAGAACAAAAAAUAGAUGAUAUUAAUGAAAAUCUACAACAAAUUUCAAUAGACAAUCUCUCAUUAAAUGACAAUAAUGAGAAAAUAGAAGAUAAUGUAAUAGAAAAUGGAGAUUCAAAUGAUAAAACUGUCUCUCCUAGUCGAUUUCGUUCAAGAAGAUUUUGGUCUCGUGCACAACGUCAACAAUCUUCAACAUCUGAAGAGUCGACAUCUGAUAAUACUGUUCAAUUUUUUGUACCUUCUGAAACAAUUAUUUCUUCACCACUCUAUACACCACCUCCCUCACCAACCUCAGUAACACCUAAUUCAUCUGCAUCUAGCAGCAAUCUAAAACGUACAGGUUCUAUUGGAACAACAAAAAAGAUGGUUCGUUUUGCUGAUUCUGUUGGUCGUCAAUUAGCACAAGUGCAAUAUAUUCAAUCAUUAACUGAUGAUGAUACAAAAGAUUUUUCACUUUUAAAAAAUAAUCUUUAUCUACCAAAAUCAUUAAAUUUAGAACAUAAACCAUGGUCAUUUGAUGUUGCAUUAACUUCAAAACAAAUUCCUGAUAUACGAAUACCAAAAAGAUUUUUUUGUUUAUAUCGUCAACCAAAUUCCGAACAUCCUGAUAUAUAUUUACAUGAAAUAUGGAAAUUACAAGUUAAAUUAGAACAUGCUGCUAUACGUUUAAAAUCAGAAAUGACCGGUGAACAAUUUCUUUAUGGUACAGUAUGGGUUACAAAUAAUGGUUAUUAUAAAAAUGUAGCUAUUAAAUAUACAUUUAAUCGUUGGUUAAAUGUAUAUGACUAUGAAGCUCAACAUUGUUGUCAUUCAAAUGAUUUUCGUAAUAUAGAUCAAUUUGAAUUUCGUAUUGAUAUUCCAAAUGAUGUUGAUAGAAUUGAUUUUGUUAUUCGUUAUUGUGUUAAUGGACAAGAACAUUGGGAUAAUAAUGAAGGAAAAAAUUAUACAUUAGAAACUGACAAUGCUUAUACACCACAAACAACUAUUUCAUUACCACAUGACUGUAAUUUUAAUGAAAUGAGAUUUUAUUAA